CGUGCCUCCCUACUGUAUAGCAAUAAUUAGGAAGUAGAUACGAGGAAAUUCGAUGGACAUGAAACAGAUUUUAAAUUUAGUCUAGUUUUAAAAGGUUUACUCAUAACAGGAUUAAAAAUGGAUGGAAGUAUGAUCGGCCCCGGUCCGUACAGGGCAACGAAGUUGUGGAAUGAAACCAUCAAGCUUUUCCGUGGAGGGAUGCCACUCAGACGACACUGGGCUCAUUUUCGUAGUUAUGAUAACAGCUUUUCCGGAUCUGAAGCCGUUGAUUAUCUCCACGAGCUGCUAAAGCGUAACCAGAACUUCGGGCCUGAGGUGACCCGCUAUCAGUCUCUACAGCUGCUAAGGAAGUUCCUUAAGAACCACGUGAUUGAAGAUGUCAAAGGACGAUACGGGAAAGAAGAUUUUGACGACAACGGCCGCUUAUACAGAUUUCCUCCAACAUCACCCCUCAAGCCUGUCCCUAAGCGUAUGCCUUUGGCGCAAAGAGACUUUGUUUCACAGACACUACGAUGGGACGAUGGUGAGGACACACAGUUGCCCUCGAUGAUACCCAUAAAGCCGCUUGUUUUGAAUUCUGUCGCAUGGAACAAGAGGCACAGUAUCGCCAUAGGGGAAGUUCCUGAGUGCAAGCUCGUUCGAAGGAGAGACGUCACACAGAAGCAUGUAGACCAGAUAUGGAAGACGAUGACUCUGAACCAUUUACAGAGCGUUUUGGGGUUCCAGUCUCUAGACGGUGUCGUCGAUGCCAAGCUCUUGAACCCCAAGCACAUUGUCCACAACGUGUUCAGCGUCAACAAACAGGGCAUCGUUGUUUUGAAGAACAAAGCAGAGGAUCUUCCUCAUUGGGUUUUAUCUGCAAUGAAAUGCUUGGCAAAUUGGCCUAACGGAAACGAGAGUAAUCAGCCCAUGUAUCCUGGCUUUGAGCGAGAUGUUUUUCGAACCGUAGCCGAACACUUCCAAAGAUUAAAGGAGCCACUACUGACAUUUCAUCUAUAUGAAAUUUUUGUCAGCAUUCUUGGACUCCUUCCACGGCGGCAGAUUGCGGUCGAGGCGAUGCAGGUCUGCUGCCUCCUCCUGCCUCCAGCCAACCGGCGAAAGCUGCAGCUGUUAAUGCGCCUGAUGACUAAAGCCUGCAACAAUCAUCUUCUCCCUCCACUUAACGAUACCAUUGGAACACGGACCCUGAUGGUCCAGACUUUCUCCCGCUGCAUUUUAUGUUCAUCAGAUGAAGUGGACUUGGAUGAGCUGCUGGCCACCAAACUCGUCAACUUCAUGCUGGACAACCACGAGAACGUGCUGAAGGUCCCUCCUGAGCUGCAGAGAUCCGUCCAAGAGCAUCUGUCCCACCUGAGACGAGCUCAGAUAAAGUAUGCGAGUGCAGACACAGACUCCAUGCUGGAAUCGCCACAGCACACUUUCUGCAAACAGAUCAGCAAGCAGGAGUUUGAGGAGCAGAGAGUCCAUGGCUCCCAAGGAGCAAUAGUGGAGCUGCUAGAAGGGAUCAUUCAUGACAAGGCCAUGUCUAUAAAGGACAAGAAGAAGAAACUGAAACAGUUCCAGAGAUCGUAUCCUGACAUCUACCGCAGACGCUUUCCUACACCUGAGAGCGAAGCUGCAGUUUUCCCAGAGAGGCCUCAGAAAAUCAAACCCCAGCUGACAUUCUUCACCCUGAAAAAGAAGUCUACACAGCCUUUCCAAAGGAGCUGGAGCUUCCGUGCUUGAACUGAAAAUAUAGUUAGCUCAUCACAAAGCUGCCAAGUACUGUAAAAAAAAAAAACUGUCUACAUACCCAUGGUUAUCAGGCUGUAGAUUCUGGAAUGUGUAGUAUGGUUAAAACUGGAAUUGUUCUGGUUUCUCUCAAUGCAUGACUGCUGGAAUAUUUACACUGGAAAAAUUGUCACUGGAUUACAGAUUAUUAUGAAUUUAAUGCAUCUCAUAUUAUCAUAACGAUAUCCACUGAUGACUGCUUGAAGUCUUAUUUUCAAGACGACAUACAGUAGCACUACAGUUUUCUGGUCCAAAAACGUAAUCUCUUAACAUAUAUUUAUAAGCGAUGCAUGACACUCAGGUGACAGCAGACUGUGGUCCAAGCAUGUGGCUGAUUUUUACAUCUCUUUUAUUGGAUCAGUGGCAUGGUAGUGUAAUGGUUGGUACUAUGGCCUCACACCCCCAGGUUUGAAGAUUCAAUUCCUGGCUUGGGUCUGUGUGUGUGGAGUUUGCAUGUUCUCCCCAUGCUCGAUGUGUUUCCUCUGACUGUCCGAAGAAAUGCUGGGUAGGCUAAUUGCCAUUUUGCCGGAGUGCUGAUAUAUAUGAGCUGUAAUAUUUUGUAUUUUUUACACCUAAAUGUAAGUUAUUACAUAUGUUAAACCCUGUAGCGAAUAAAAUAUAUUCAGGAGAAAUCCACUGCAGGGUAAAGGACACAUUUUUUAUGGUAAACUUUGGCCAGUAAAUUAUCAAGCUUAAAUCUUGAGUGCAAACAGAAAAAAAGAUGGUAGACUGUGGCCUCUUGUGUGGUAAAAAUGAAGGAGGUGCUACAUAUUGAGUAACAUCACACAGCCUUGCUGUUUUAUUACUGAACAUCUGGGAGGGAAAAAUAUUGACGUCUUGGUGUCUCACAUGGAGAGUUUUUUACAAUAAUAACAUUUUGUUCUCUUUGGCUGCUCGUUUUUCCUGUUAGCAAUUUUUGGGUCACUAUUAGGUCCACACACACACAUACAGAGUGUGUAUGGAAAUGCUCUCACUUUACCUAUUAAACAUAGCUAUGGUGUUUACUGUUAUUUUUAUUUUUUUUAUCAUGCAACUUUACUAAGUGAUCCUAAUUCAUGAUUUACUUUCUGAUUACAUUACUUCUACAAAGUUGACGGUUCAGUACUAUUCUUCCAGGUUUUGAUAAUGUACAGUAAGUGUUAUUAACUCAGUUGCAGUAAUUUAUCUUUGUCUUAACAAAUACAGUAUAUCAGUGGUUAUAUACUUUGUGACAAUUUUUCACUUUUUUUGAUGCUUCAUUGUAUUUAACAUUGUAUAUUUCAUGUUUUUCUCAAUUACAGUAUUAUUAUUAUUAUUAUUUUUACUUGGCCACAGUAUUGAUCAUUGCCGACUUUGUUUUUGACUGGUUAUAUGAGAUCUGUUUUUGAAGGGUGUGUUUACCAUGUAUGAUAUUCUCAUUAAUUCCAGGAUGAAAGUGGAACACCCAUAGUGGGAAACCCAUGCAGUCCUUUAAAUCACUGCUUAUUUUUUGUUUGCUAGGACUAAAUUAAACAUGGGUCAAGCUGUAUAUUUGUAUUCUUUGAUAUGCUGGAGUUGUUGUUACUGUAUGACA